GUUUUUAAUAGUGUGCCCAAAAAAGGGGUGCCCAUGCCAAGAUUUCUACGUGAUUAGCCCAUAUACUCUAGGCCUCCUCUGUUACUCUGCGCUUUCAAGCGCUUCCUGGUUUGCGACCGAGCUCUGCUCACACACACACGCACUGAGGACUCAACAACAUUUCAUUUGCAGAUACAGGCAUAUUUAAAAAAAAAAAAAAUACAUACGGAUGUGUAUUUUUAACUAACUAUGCUCUCAACAGUGACAAAGCGCACAAAAAUGGCAACCACCUCUCGCUCAUUGUACCGCAGACUGUGCCUGCGGUCCUUCUCCACAAGCACAAAGCCAACGCAUCACAACAGCCACCAGCAGAACCACCAGUACAUGGAACCCAAUUCCUUCAUUGGGUGUUGGGAGGCCCCCAAGGACCCCAAGGAGGCGGAGGCCAAGCUUGCACACCUCCGCCGAGACUACACCAAGCAGGUCAAGGAGGUCCGCAAGGAGUACAUCAAGGAGGUCGAGCUCAUGAGGCUUGAUAAGCUUCUCAAGGACGAGGCUCGUAAAGAAGCCCUUAGGCUCCAGAACGAGGAGCGCAAGAGGCUCAAGGCGGAGGCUGCAAAGGUCCGCGCCCAACAGCGUGAGGUUGCCGAGCAGGAGUUCCAGCAAACGCUGUUGAAAGAAAGAGCAGAGAAGCUUGAGAAUUGGAAGAUGAAGGAAAAACGGAAAGAAGAGAUGAAAAAAGACGAGAAAGAACUGCUGCGACGCAAGAGUUCCAUGUGGAUCAAUGAACAAGAACUGGAAAAGAAGAUUUUAGAAGCCAUCGUUGAUACCACACCCCUUUGAGUCUAUUUCAUUUCCAAAUUGUCCAAGCGCUGCUCUCUUGUAGUGUCACCGUAUAGACAAGAUAUUCGGGACUUCAGAGUCCUCAGUUUUGACAAAAUUUGUACGCGUAUGCUCAAAACUUUGUAAGGUACUUAAUAAUAUCCGAAAGGAUUGUGAUCGCGAUGCUUCUAUGGUAAUGUCAUUGAGAAAAAUUUGCUCUAAUGAUCGAAUCAGCGUUAGAGUUGA